UCCGUGUCUAUUUUUACAUUGUUGCAGAAAGAAAGAAAAUGAAAGGAAAAGACGGUACUAGAAAAGACCAUUCGAGUCCAUUAGGCGCAGUAAAAUGAAUCGACGUCAGUAAUUAUCCCUGAUUGAUCACAUUUUACGAUAAUCUUUUCCUUACUCCUCUUUUUGGGAUAAUACAAAUCUUUAAAGAGUGGGAGCAAAUAUUUUGAAUUUAUGAGUCUGAAUUAAAUAAAUAAAUAAAAAGCAAACUAUAGCUCUGCCCCUGAAUCUGUACCUUCCACUUUGCAGGCAGUAAGUGGAUCAAAUCAAACGACAGAUAUUAAACCACCAAUAAGAAGGAGUAGGAGUACAAUUUUCAAGAAUCCCAAAUCAAAAGUUUAAAAAAAAAAAAAAAAAAAAAACCUUUACUACUGCAGCUUUCUCUGGUCACAUUAAAAGUACAUUUACUUUAAGUAAAGCUUUAGCUAGUCAAUGAAAAUUAAGAAGACGAAACAGGUAGAGUGAACGUCAAAGCAAGCAAGUAGUAGUGUGAGCAACUUAUCUUUCUAGUUUGAGAUCAAAAAUGGGAAGGAAGUUGUCGAAAGCCGCUAAGGAAAGAUGGAGGAAGAGAAAAGCAGCCAUGGAAGUAUCCCAAAAUGAGGGAGAUCAAAAUAUUCAAAGGGCAUCUUUAGCAUCCGAGAAUGAGGCUGAUGGUCCAAACAACUCUGGAUUACCAACUGAUAAUGAGCAAAGUAAGCGUGCUCAAUCUGCAGCCUUUACCUCAAAGAGGAAAGUAUCAAAGGUCAAUAACAUGAUUGUUAGACGAUCCAAUCGACUUAAAAGUUUUGGUUCGUUUGGGAAAAGACAAGGGAAGGAAGCUGUUCACCAUGUCGAUCUUACCGACUGUGAUAGAGACAAGGAGCCGCAUAUUGAGCCAGUCAGGGAUCAGGCCGAUGGUCCAAAUCACUCUGAGUUGACUACGAACAAUGAGCAAAGUAAAUAUUCUCAAUCUGCAGCAGUUCUCUCAAAGAGGAAAACAUCAAAGGCCAGUGACGUGCUUGUUAGACAAUCUGGUCGACUUAAAAGUUUAGGGUCAUUUGGGAAAAGACAAGGGAGGGGAAGUGUUCAUCGCGUCGAUCCUACCAAUUGUGAUAGAGACACAGUGUUGCGUGUUGAGCCAAUUAGUUCUAAACCAAUCAGGGACAUGAGUAGCUCAGAAAUGAUAGUUGACCAUUUGGUCCAGACUAGAGGCAAAAGGCCCUUUGCAAGUGAAACGUCGACAAAUCUCAACUACAAAAUUCUGUAUACCAACUCGGAGAAAAAAAUUGAGGCCUUGACGGAGGAAAACUAUCGACAAGCCCAGGAAUUAUCCUAUGUGCUUGGAAAAGUCAAGAUAUAUGAGAAUAUGAUUGGACUUGCAAUGAACUUGUCUGGCGGAGCAGUCAAACUUCAUCCAGAUGCUGCUGCUGCUCUAAAUUCUGCCCCUGCACCGAAAUCCUCUCUUGUUAAGAAGAAAAAGAACAGUGUUAAAAGGAUGAAGAAAAACUAGGAGGUGUGGUCAUCCUUAUUGGAGGUGAUGUAUGUUUGCUAUUACUGCCUUCAACAGAUACUGAAGAAGGCAUUGGCUAUCCUUUAUUUUGUGGCUUAUGCAAAAUGCAAUGUUUGGUGAAAACUUAAUCUUGUUUUGCUGCUGCCAGUUUUGUCCUGAAUUCACCUGCAAUCUAGGAUACAUGUUAUUUGGAUGAUGUGCACACCUCUUUUCCUGUGGAUGUUGUUAUCAUGUUUCCAGUAAACUGAUGAAGCUGCUUAAUUAUUGCUGCUUCUACUAUAGAUAUGGAAACAGCUUGCUGCAAUAUAGGCUACGAGUUUUUACAAUUCUUUAUG